GACAUAACUCCGCGUUAACCUUUUCCUCAUCAGUGUGGGUCAGGUUGUACCGUAACAGUGAGGUAAAUAUCCGAUUAGUGGAUGCACAAAAAACUGGUAAAUACUCGUAAAAUUAGUAGAGUGAGUUAAACUUAAAUAUUGCAAUUAACAAUGUUAUUUAAUUGUCUGGGAUUCCCCCGUUUUCCUAACCUCACUUUGAUCUGCUCCUAACUUCAUUACAAUCCUAUUCAUUGUACACUGUUUUAUGCUCAAGGUAUGUGAAGUACCAAAUAUUUUUGCCAUCGCCGACCAAAUCCCGAUGGGUGCAAAAAACUUUAGAAACGGUCCACGUAUUUUUCGGGCACGGCGAUGCGCUGCGAGACUAAAAGGUGUGUCGUCUGAUGGCAUUGAAAUCGCGCCAAACUGAAUAUAACGUGACUAAUAUAUCCUGGGGGCCCAUCUGGACUCGAGUUUUUUUACCAUGUCUAGCGUACACCAUCGACACGGUCCAUCCACCUCGAAUCUACUUUUGUAGAUCGUCGAAGAGGACGCAAACUUCCCGACCAGUUUUGGCCCCGGUUCCCGACCGCGUCGGUCGUACCGGAGACUGAAACCGAAAGUUGGGUCCAGGAAUAAUCGCCGUGUAACACUAGAAUUAUAUAUCGAGGCGCAUUUCUGGCUUUACGCUCGGUGUGUUUACGUUCCAUUGUUUUGACAUGGACGCGUCGAGCAGGUGCGAUUUUUGCAGAAAAAUUGCGUCCUGUGGGUGGGUGGGUUGAAAAAAAAAAAAAAAAUGACAUAACGGCGGACGCGAAACAUAUUUCUGGUCGUAAUGGAUUGACGGUCGGUCGGUAUUGAGAGCCAACUAUGAUUUUGUAAACAUCGGUUUGAGGCCAAUGUCAAAUUUGUGCGUAGGUCCCAAUUCGACCGGGACGGUAAUAAUUCGAUGGACGGACGGGGGAUGGGAACGAUGUUAAGGCUGGUGCGAGACGGCGGCCCGUGAAUGCACAAUUUUAUAAUAAUAUUCAAUGCGAUCGGACGUCGAGCGCACGGAAUGGAAAAACAACAUGUACGAUCGAAUUCUUAAAAUAGUUUCCCGAUUUCUAAGCAGCACGCUAGCUCUAUAUUUGGCGAUGCGAACAAUAAAACUCGCAUGGUACUACUAUAUAUGCAGCAUCAAAGGAUUUUAUGUUCUUCUCUGUGUCACACGACAAAAAGAAGCGCGUUUCGCAAACCGAAGAGAAAAUGGGAUUGGCCGCUACUUGCAAAAAUGUAUGACCACAAUUGGAACAAUACAAUUUCUGGGUUCUUUAAAUAAUCCUACAUGGAUUUACCGGCAGUUUUUUUUUACACGAACCGCCAGCUUCCCAAGGUUGUAUUGUUGUUGUUGUUGUUGCUGUUGGUUGUACGGUGCUGUCAAAGGAAAGUGGACGGUUCAAUUUCGGUUGUGACCACCGGAGUAGGUUACGUGCAAAGUGAUCACGGUUCGUUCCGUGGAGGCAGUAUGUUUGUACAAGUGGUAACGAUGCCUUUAUUAAACAAUUUAAAGUUGAAGGGAAUAAUUUUCUCUUUUUAUACUUGUGUAUCAAGCUUUUUCCACUUCAUGGUGGGCUCAAGCCAGACCGAGAUACAAUUCUGUUGUAUGAGAACUGGUUUAAUUUUUUAGAGAAUAAUGCGUUUUCGGAAACGAAGUGAAAGAAUUGGGCACACAAUGGAUACCGGACCUCGGCGUGCCGUUCGGCGUCGUCUAUUGUAUGAAAUGCGAAUGCGUUGCGAUUUCGAGGAAGAAGCGCAUAGUGGCGCGCGUCAAGUGCAGGAACAUCAAGAACGAGUGUCCGGAGGUCAACUGCGACAACCCCGUGCAGAAGCCCGGCCAGUGCUGCAAGAUGUGUCCGGAGGAUUUCAAAAAUGGCACCUUGCAACAGGAACCGAGCCUAGAGAUAGUACCGCAAAACCCCAAUGACGAGGAAGAAAAGUCCAGCAGACAUUUCUCCGCCCUUCUAACCCACCGUUCAUCACUGGUGACCAACAACGAGCCCUUGUCCCUGGAAGUGAACAACAUCAAAAACAUCGUGGCAACAGGCAGAUUCUCGUUCAUAAAGAAGAACCUCCACUUCUCCUUUUACAUCUCGGAAAAGGCGGCAAGACCGCGUCUCCUUCAAUUCGUGGACGCAUCCGGUAACAUCUUGGAGGAGUUCAGCCUGUCCAGACCGGGCGGUUCAGUCAACAGCGUCUAUCAAAAUGCCACCAGGAAAGUGUGCGGGGUCUGGAAACGUGUCCCCAGGGAUUACAAACGUGACAUCCGUCACGGCAAAAUGUGGGCCGUACUUGUGUGGGGAGAAAAGGAGUCGCUCAGCGGACAAAUUUUAAACUUCGUCGCUUUGGAACACGAGAUUUACAGUUCUUUGUUGGAGCCAGCGCCUGGUAGUAACAGAAACUUGAUGCUUGGCUCUGGUGGUACUGCCAUCAUUAAGUUCUCCACCACCACUUCGCCGUCGUCUUCCAUCCACUUGUCUGUAAUUUUCAACGGUUUGUUUGCUUUGAAUGAAACUUCCAAUGUACCUAUCAAGGUCACUCUCUCCCAUGAAGACAAGGACCCCAUUCUUGAAGAGGUUUUGUUCGUCAAGAAACCUUCCACUGAAUGGAAUUUAAUCAACAUCACGUCAACCAUCUCCACUCAAGACUUGAGGCAGCUUACCAGAGGAAAACUACUGUUAACGGUAGCUUCUUUGUCUAAUCCUGAGGCUUUGCGUCUUAGUGGCAACGUCAUCGCUAAAGUAUCAUGUGAAUUGUUCCAAGCUUCAAUUUCAUCAUCCAAUGCCACAUCCAAUCCUCAUGGUGUUUCCGGUUUGGCUUGGUUAUACCUCAACAACGAAGGUACUUUGCAGUACAACAUUCAACUCGACAAUUACCAAUCGCUUCAGUCGCCUUACACGGUCACAUUAAACCACAUCAUGCCAAAACGCAGGAGCACUGAACUCGAGGACUUGACCCCUAACGAAAUUAGCGGAUGGAUUAAUGGCACUUUAGAAAAACUGAGCCCCAAAUUGUUGGAGCCUUUGUACAAUGGAAAACUGGCUGUGGACGUUGCAAUUCCAGGCGGCAGUGUCAUACAAGGAAGACUUGUAUCCAAACCUGUGGAUGAUGCCAGAGAUGCACCAGCACCACUUCUGUUGAAACGUGAAAACUACGCCCUGCCCAGCUCUGCGACUGGUUUUGCUUGGAUUUCAAUCGAUCGUGAAUGCCAUAUGCACUACGAUGUCACCUUGAAUGGUAUCGACAACCUCAGUGAACAGAAAUUCGAUUUGUCCUUGGAGAUGCUGCCCACUCUUGCACCUGGAGCGCCAGUUUUGCCUAAAUAUUUGGACACCUUCCAAGGGUCACAAGUAGAUGGAGCCCCGCUGGAGACUCUGUCAAACGAAGAAACCGCUAGGCUGACCAAUGGUGUGUGCAUUCUUAAAGUAAAGAACUUCACUACCAAAGCCGUUUUGUUAAGUACCACGCUUAAGCACGUUCAAGUGCCAGAAGAAUGUCGAUCACCGAACACCGACAACGACAUUCCGUUUAACUUUUACGGUGAGCCAUCAGGUAUGGAGUCCCAGCCUGGAACUUGCUAUCACGAAGGCAAAUUUUACGACGAAGAAAAACAAUGGACCUCGUCCCAGAACGCAUGCACAAUGUGCUAUUGCCAAAACGGUCGCGCCAAAUGUGACACCAUGACUUGUCCGGAAAUCAAAUGCAACGGCAAACUAGUCAAGGAAGAAGGUGAAUGUUGUCCGAUUUGUUCUGAUGUCUUAGAUUCGGUAAACAAUAAGAUCACCAAGUGCAGCCUGAACGGCAAAACUUAUUCACCGGGAGCCAAAUUCCAUCCAUUCUUGAUGCCGGGCGGCUUUGAGACUUGCACGGUGUGCGAGUGCCUGGCAGAUGUAUUUGAAAUCAAAUGCGUGAACGUGCCCGGAUGUUGCAAAAACUGCCAAGUAAUCAACAUAAAUGAGCAAAACGAUGAGUUUCCGCUGCUCAGAGUGCCGAAAAUCGAAGGACCCGACCCGCAGAAAAUUUUGGACGAAGGCGGAUGCAAGAACACAUAUCAUCCCAAUGAGCCGCACAGGAACAACUCCACGUACCAUCCCUACAUCGACACCCUUGGAGAAUACAAAUGCGUUACCUGUACAUGCCUUAAUGGUAACCAGAAGUGUAAAAGGGAGACGUGCAACCUGGAGACGUGUAACAGGCGACGAGAGAAGAAACGAAAUCACGAAUCGUUGGGACAGUCUGAGUUCUGUUGCUCUCCGAAAGAAUGCAGGAGGAUCCGGCAUAAAAAGAAUCGACGUAACUGAGCGGAGAAUAGAGGACUGUCUAUGGGAAUGUAGACAUGUUUGGUUCGAACGUUGGGACCAACGUCCCAUGUUACCCUGUUACCAAAGAAGACUGAAACGAUAGUAAGAUUGGACGUGAAGACCUGUCAUUAUUUAUUUAUGUCGUAGUCUAGUUUAAAUACUCUCUGUAAAUUCUACUUCUUGUAUAGGAAAUGCAGUCAAACGAAACUUGAAUUUGUUGAUAGAUUAUUUAUUUUUAUUUUUUUAAGGGUUGCUGUUUCUUGGAGACGUUUUGUUUGGCUGCAUUAUUGCUGUGUUAAUCGUUAGGAACGUGUCUGCGUACUGUUUUAGAACACGUCGGACUCGAUGUGUCAGAUACUUUCUUGGUGCUUACUACGGCUGUUUAUCGCUAACUAUUUAUUUCAGAAAAACAUGUAAAUUAUUCCAUAGUUGUAACGGAGUUUCUUCGGUAGAACUCAAUAUACUCACUAGAGAAGAAGGCUGAUAGAAAUCGCGGGCCAAAACGAAAGUACACUCUUGUCUGGUGGAAUAAAAAUGUAUCAAAAAUUGACAAGAUUAUAUUAAUCUCGAUUCUGAAUUUUUAAAAAAAGUUUGGCAACUACAAAGUAGUGUCUGUGCAAGACUUGCUUCCGUUUUGGUCUCAACUGAAAGGUUUACAAUUAAAUAAUUUCUUGUAAGACAUAUCAUUUGGUGCCAUACCAAGAAAUUAAAACAUGUAAAUAACAAUCAGUAUGUUAACUCCCUUAAACUCCCAAUUGUAAAUAUAGUCUGGGAUCAGUUAUAAUGUACAUAAAAUUGUUUAAAAAUAUACAAAUUUAUUUUAAAAUAAUUAUUUGUUUUUUAUUUUGGAAAUUGAAAUUGAGUUGCAAUACUGACUGUUACUUAUACUGUGAUCUAGGUACUUAAAAAUUGAAAAAUAUACUCGGAUUUGGAAUCUCCCCCGCAAUAUUACAGUAUUUUGCUAAAUUAUUGUAGUUUUAAUUUAGUUACGCGUGAAUGUGAUAAUAGUGUGUCUGAACUAUACUUAUUUUAGUGUAACAUAUUCUGUACAUAUACGCUUUGUAAAUUUUUUUUAGUAUAAAAAAUAAACACCGUACAUAUUUUAUGUAACUGUAAACUUACUUUUUUAUUUAAGUAAUAUUUUUAGAUAUAACUUGAAAAAGCCUCAUGAAUGCAUUUUGGUAAUUUUCCGCGGUCAGUCUGGCACUGAGUCGCGGUGAUAUGUUAUUAUAUGAGCCAAUUCAAAUAACAAGUACAGCUAUGUUUAUAUCUAAGUGUACCUGCUACCUAGAAAUAUAUGCUUGAUUAAUUCAAA